ACUACAAUAAAAAGGUGCGUAUAGGGGGUUUGAUAUCUCUUGGAGUUGUUGGGAGGUACAAACAAAGCCUUUGUCGUAAUAGUAGUAGUAGUAUUAGUGGCUUCAAAAAAGUGAUGGGAAGGCAACCUUGCUGUGACAAGCUUGGUGUAAAGAAAGGGCCAUGGACUGCUGAUGAAGACAAAAAACUGAUCAAUUUCUUGCUUGUUCAUGGCCAAUGUUGUUGGCGGGCCGUUCCGAAGCUCGCCGGACUCCGCCGGUGCGGCAAGAGCUGUCGUCUCCGGUGGACUAACUAUCUCCGGCCCGACCUCAAGCGUGGCCUUCUUAAUGAAGAUGAAGAACAGCUUGUUAUUGAUCUCCAUGCCCGUCUUGGCAAUAGGUGGUCGAAAAUAGCUGCAAGAUUACCAGGAAGAACAGACAAUGAGAUAAAGAAUCACUGGAACACCCACGUCAAGAAAAAGCUUAUCAAAAUGGGCAUUGAUCCAAUUACCCAUGAACCUCUCCCAAAACAAGUUGGUACAAGUUCUCAACAAGAUAAUCAUGUUCUUAAUAAUCACCAGGAGAUCAUUACAGAAAACCGUAUGCAAUAUGGCAGUUCCAGUACUACUACUGACACUGAAAAUUCCUCAACCAAUGAAUCCCAGCCGUUAGAUGUUAAUAAUAAUCCUAUUGGCCACGAUGACCCAUUGAUGAGUUACAUAUUAUCUGGUACAUUUCUUGAGGAAUCUUCAUGGAAUUUCUUGGCUGCUGGGGACAAUUACAGUGAUUUUGGAGUUUCUUCGUCAGAGGACAGCUCCACAUGGUUCAACAUGGACUACAAGGAUCUUGGAGAUCAAGAUGAUCAGGAUUUUGGGCUAGCUCGUUUCAGCGACAUUGACAUAAGUACUACACUAAACGACGUAGUAAUUGAAGGAGAUAAGGAUUGCACAUAACCAAAAAGGAAACAGAGAUCGCUUUUGAUGGAUUUUUAUUUGGAUAAUCUCUAAGCAUAUAGUUUGGUUUUUCUCAGCUCCAGUCUGGAUCUAAUUUGAUCAGUUUGGCCCUCCAAGUUAUUUGGAUCUACGAAAUGAUGAGUGCAUAACAUAAACCAAGUUACUAACUAUGUAAGAAAAGCAGAUGUAUAGCUCAUUUUGUUGAGCAUUCCAAUAAUUUUCUCUUUUUAUUUUUCUCAUCCUUUCCUAGAUCCAUAUUAAUGUGGCAUGUAGAAGCUAAUACCCAUGACUGGAGUCUUUGUACUUAUAAAAAUCUUCAAUAAUAAUGAUAUUUUUAUGGUA